AUGCGACAGCCCCAACUUCCCGUCCAGCAGUUAGUGAUUUUGUCAAUAUGUCGCUUUGCAGAGCCCAUUGUGCUCACCUCCAUCCUUCCCUACCUGCCGGAGAUGAUAGAAUAUGUCGGCGUCCCCAAAAAUGAAGUUGCUCGCUGGGUCGGCACCACCUCUGCCGUCGCCGCAGGCUGUCAGGCCCUGAUGGCCGUACCUUGGGGCACGGCAUCAGACUACGUUGGCCGCAAGCCAAUCAUUCUGCUCUGUCUAACAUUCACCAUGAUCCUAUCGAUCGUAUUCGGCAUGUCCCAGAAUCUAACGAUGUUGCUUGUCUCGCGUGGAUUGCUGGGCUUUCUGAACGGCAAUGUCGGCAUCAUUCGCACGAUGGUCGCCGAGAUGGUGCCCGAGAAGGAACUACAGCCGCGCGCUUUCAGCAUCAUGCCACUGGUCUGGACGAUCGGGAGUAUAUUUGGACCUGCAUUUGGAGGCGCUCUUGCGAAGCCGGCGGAGAAGAACCCGCGUCUCUUUGGAAACAUCGAGUUCCUGCGGAAGUAUCCUUUUGCACUCCCUAAUCUGGCAUCUGCGUGUUUCUUUAUCGUGGGUAUUACUACUGGGUUCCUCUUCAUGAAGGAAACCUUGGCAGCCAAGAAAGAUCAACGUGAUUACGGCCUGGUUCUCGGCCAGACACUUACAAGAUCGUGCACCUCCCGCAGCAAGCGCGACACCCUUGACUCCAAGGCCGCGGAUGAGGAGCGCAGAGCCUUGCUUCCCGGUGAUAGGGGUACAGGCAAUCGACCUACGCGGCGCCCAACCUGGGGCCAGGUGUUUACUCCGCAGUCGAAUCUGGUGCUGUUAGCCUAUACACUGAUGGCCAUGCACAGCAUGGCGUUUGAUUCACUGUUUCCAGUAUUCCUGCAUUACCCAGAUCAAGACUUCUACAAUAAUCCCGACGUACAUCUGCCGUUCAAGUUCGCCGGCGGAUUCGGCGUGGACUCCGAAACCAUUGGCCUGUUUUACACGAUCAUCGGCAUCGUAGGCAUAAUGGUGCAAUUCCUCCUCUUCCCGGCCGCCGCACAGCGGUACGGGGUCCUGACCUGCCUCAAAGUCUCCUCGCUCAUCUUCCCAAUCAUCUUCUUCGUCGUCCCAUUUACAGUGCUGGUGCCGCUCGCGCUGCGCAGACCGACCGUGGUCCUGAUUAUGCUGGCCAAGCUCACCGUCACGAUCUUCGGGUUCCCCAGCUGCACAAUCCUGCUCACCAAUUCCGCUUCCAGUCUCAGUGUCCUCGGCACCCUGAACGGCGUCGGGACAAGCGUCAGUUCCAUAGGCCGUGCUGCGGGGCCGGCGCUUAUGGGAAUGGCGUUCUCGUAUGGUGUUGAGAAGGGUGCCGUCCCUGUGUUUUGGAUGGUGGAGAGUGAGGGGUUUGUCCGUGAUGAUACUGAUGAUGUUGAUGAUGAGAAUGAGGACCAUAAUACGAAUGACUCGCGAGGCCCGGCCAUUAAUGGGUAUGGGACCGUUGACUCGAGAAAGGAUGGACGCCGCCCGGACGACGCCGCUGAGCUUGCGGCUCGAUGA